CAGGGGUUUUUAAGCCAAAAUUAUCUGCAAUAAUACAAGUCUGAGCUAUGCCAGUGCUGCCAAUAUUUGCAAAUACCCUGGCGCGCGCGUGUGUAUGUGCCGUGUAAAUUUUUAUUUAAAAUGUAUUACUUUUAACCUUAGUUGACAUUGAAAUGUACCCGCUAGGCAAGUGCGUGUGUGCUAGAAAAGGAGGACUCUGAGAGCUGUCUUGCUUGGUAUCGGAAUUGAAACUCAAACAUACGGUUUAGCGUAAAUGAUAGCUGCUGAAUAACAAGAAAAAUACAAACUCGAACUAACGAAACGACGUACAGCAGGUCACCCAAACACCAGCAUCGAGAAACAAGCACACACUUACAUACAUCACCAACAGCAGCGAUAACACGCCAACUAGCAGUUGGCAUACGCUAUUAAUUAAAUCAGCAGCAACAGCCGCCGCAGCAGCAACAAAACGAAAACGAAGCAGCAACAGCUGAGAGUGCGCGUGUGUGGGAAGAGAGAGAGAGAGAGAGAGAAAGCACACACACUCACUUAAAAAGAAAAUAAAAAAAAAAUUAAAUCGAUACCCAUCGUCAGACCCAACACCAGUACCCGUUGUCAGUGCGAACGCCAACGCUAACAGCACAGUCACAUAGCCACCCGCCUAGCCGCCCCCAACUGCACCAUACCGGCCGUCUCGGCACAAUUUGGUAAUUAAAAGGAAACUCAACAUCAUCGGACAGUUCAGCAGGCACAAACAAUCGAACACAAAUUUUUCGUGCAUCAGUUGUCGUUUCUUGUUGGUUGGUCGUUGUCGUGCUAUUUGUCGCGUUCCCAUAUUAUAAAAAUAGCCAAUCGUACCGCUACGCUCUGAAGCAACACAGCAACAGAUCUCUACCGGCCCGCCCGCCUUAAAGCACAGCUGUGCAUUUGUUGCCGCCAAGAAGUAGCAACAAUAUCGAACAUCAUUCAGAAAUCCUGUUGCUGGAGGUGCCACUGAGCACACUUUCAAAAUUUCACUAGAUCCAAUGGCUAAGGACGAAGAGGAUGAUCUGCUACCCGAUAAGGAUGCCGCCAAGGGCUUCUAUGCCAAAUACGAGCCCAAGGAAAUAUUGGGCAGAGGCAUCAGCUCCACGGUGCGUCGUUGCAUUGAGAAGGAGACGGGCAAGGAGUUUGCGGCAAAAAUAAUCGAUUUGGGUGCCACAACAGAAUCCGGCGAAACGAAUCCAUAUCAUAUGCUGGAAGCAACCAGACAAGAAAUCUCAAUAUUGCGCCAAGUGAUGGGACAUCCAUACAUAAUUGACCUGCAGGACGUGUUUGAAUCAGAUGCAUUUGUAUUUCUCGUAUUCGAAUUGUGCCCUAAAGGCGAACUCUUUGACUAUCUGACGUCGGUGGUGACGCUGUCUGAGAAGAAGACGCGCACAAUAAUGCGGCAAAUAUUCGAGGGGGUGGAGUAUAUACACUCCAAACAUAUUGUGCAUCGUGAUCUGAAGCCAGAGAAUAUAUUGCUUGAUGAGAAUCACAAUGUGAAGAUCACGGACUUUGGUUUCGCACGACAGCUGCAGGAGGGCGAAAAACUUACAGAUUUAUGCGGUACGCCUGGCUACUUGGCUCCAGAGACGCUCAAAUGCAAUAUGUUCGAGGGAUCGCCGGGCUAUUCACAGGAAGUUGACAUUUGGGCGUGCGGCGUCAUUAUGUUUACGCUACUGGUUGGAUGCCCUCCAUUUUGGCAUCGGAAACAAAUGGUUAUGCUGCGCAACAUUAUGGAGGGCAAAUAUAGCUUCACCUCGCCCGAAUGGGCAGAUAUUUCAGAGGAUCCCAAAGAUCUAAUACGCAAAUGUCUAGUCGUUGAUCCUGCGCAACGUAUAACAGUCAAGGAAGUAUUAAGACAUCCAUUCUUUAAUCAAAUGGUGCUAAUGAGCGAGCUAUCGAUGGCGCCCUAUAGAUACCUCAGUUGUGCCGCUGGGCAGCAUGUGCCGGGCAUGCAAGCAGGCUCUAGUCGAAAUCCGCUGGCGGCUUUUCAUUGUAACAAUAACAACAACAACUAUAACAACAGCAGUCACAACAAGAGCGGCAACAGCAACCACACCAACAACAACAAUUUUAGUCAGAAUCCUUGUGACUCGCAAUCAUAUAUGAUGUACUACAGUGCCCCGCAAAGCUCAUACUCAUCGAAUCGCUUGCGCGACAUCACCGCCCAGCCCCAUGACCCCCAUCAGCAUCUGCAGCAUCUGCAGCAUCAGCAGCAACACCUUGCCACGCCGCCAACGGCAACAACAACAAUCGAUACAUCAACAACAAUGCGCAGCAGUGUUGAUGUUUAUGCCAGCAGUGGUGGUGUCGGUGGUGAUGGUAGUGGUGGCGUUGUCGGCGGCGGCGGCGGCGGCGUUGGUGCCUCCUACAAGACAAUACGAGCCACCGUGUAUUAUCAGCAGCAACAACAGCCCCAGGGGCAGCAGCAGCAGCAAAUUGGCGAUCAGCUGACGCUGGAAAAUUAUGAAAAUGCUGCAAAGAAACUUUUGUAUGCACCAGAUCAGCUGAGAAAACAGAGUCGCUUCAAUGCGCGCAAAAAGUUCCAAUUCGCCAUAUUGGUGAUACGUGCUGUCAUCCGGAUACGGCGCCUCCGAUAUACCGCCGAGCCGCUUCACGUUGAGGAGGCGAUACGGGAUCCGUAUCGCGUGAAGGUUCUACGCAAGGUUAUCGAUGGCUGUGCCUUCCGUGUCUACGGCCACUGGGUUAAGAAGGGCGAGGGCCAGAAUCGCGCCGCUCUAUUCGAAAAUACUCCGCGCACGGAGCUUCAUGCGCUUUACAUAAACAAUCUCAGUCGAUAGUGACGGGUCGAAAGAGUCGGGGGAAUCGAGAAUCGAAGAGCAAUAAAUGACUGUAAACUGUAAAACGGCGAAACGAAAUGUAAAAGUUACUAAGAGGAAUACCAAACAGCAAUCGCUAAGGAAAGAGAGAACAACAAUUUAGUGCAAUUGUUUUCUUCUUCACUUUUUUUUUUUAAAUCAAGAGAUAUCAUUUAAGCAUAUAUGCAUACAUAUAUACAUACAUAUAUAUAUAUAUAUAUAUUUAUAUAUAUAUAUAUAUAUAUAUCUAAACAUAUGUAUCUGCUGCCCACUCAUUGUUUUAAAUCUCUACUUCUUUUCAUCUUAUUUUCAUAAUUUUUUAUUUUUUUUUGUAUUUGUUUCCUGUAUCCUUUUGUUUACGUAUUAAUUUUUAUUUGUGUAUUGUGGACAUUUCAAAAAUUGUAGGCUCAUUUAUUAGUGUAGUUCAUAUAUAAUUGCAUCAUAAAUAGGCUCAGCUCUUACAUAACAUAUGUAUUAUUAUUAGUAGAGCUAAGCGACCGAUUCGUUGGCCAGCUCCCAAAUAUAACAAACUCCUGUGCAUAUAACAAUAAGAAUAGGAGAGAAUUAUUAAGCAAUUAUUUAAUAACAAAACACCGAACCCGACACCAACAUCAACACCAACAACAGCACCAACACAAACAAAUGCGCACAAAACAAAUUGUAACGAUCCUUGCACAUACAUAGGUAUGCAUAUAUGUGUAUAUACAACAAGUGUGUAAGUAAUACAUACCAUACGUACGUACAUAUGUACAUACAUACAUAUAGUAUGUACAUAUAGUAUGUUUGCACGCAUAUGGAUACGAUUUAUUUAUUUGUAUUUUUCUGUUAAUGAUUUUAUUAAAUUAUUUAAUUUAAUUGCUAAGCGUUUACUCUUUAAUUGUUAUAUUGUAGUAUAAAAAUAAAUAAAUAAACCGACAAAAAAAACACAAAAA